GGGGGGGAUCAAAAAAAAAAAUAAUUUAAAAAAAACGAGAACCGCGUCCCGCUAACUAACUGUGCUGUUAUAAAACAUAAAUAAAUACAGAGGAUUUAAACUUCACCGCAGACGGGGAAACUUUUAAAAGAUUGCGUCAGAGGCGAUCUUUCAGUUUUGCGGCGUUAUUCGGAUGUUUGACGCGAUUAAAGUGAUUUUCAUUAUUUUUUCAAACACGGUUUUACUGUUCGCUAUUCGUCGUGGUGACGGGUUUUAGAAUGGAAACCAAUUAGUUGUUUUAAUUUUUAUUUUUACUUGCUGUUCGGACUCGUUUGAAAAACUAUUUUUGGUUUUCUCUCUCUCUCUCUCCUCGGCCCUCGCUGUGUGCGGCUACGUUUACAGCCCCCCCCCCCCCCCGGGUCCUGGCUUGCUGAACUAAAAAUGCGCAAGUGUGGCUGAAUCUGUCGCUGUUUCCCGGCGGUUUCCGAGCGCUUUGAACCGAGGGGAAGAGGGUGAGGCCUGCGGGUCGGGCUUUCACCGGGCUAGAGUAGCUGCGCUCGCUGGAUUCGGGUGCAGGGGGGCCGGCUGCAGUGGCAGUCUCGAGUCCGCGGGCCCAGCGAGACGAUAUGGAGCGGAUGGAGGUGGAUCAGUGCGCAGGCGCAGGAAGCGGAGGAGGGGCUCUGCGGCGGUCCAACAGCGCCCCCAUGAUCACCGGUGUCAGUGACGGCGCGGCCGUGUUCCACGCGGGGGGGUCCGCGCGCUAUCGGAGGAGCAGCGUGUCCGUCAAUCUCAGCUGCCCGGGUCAGGCCCUCCCCCUGUCUCCAUUCCGACUGGCCAGCGGUCGGUUGGAGCCUCACAAGCAGGAGGAGAGCAUGGAGAUGAACUCCAGAGACACGCUGCCGAGGAACAGCUCCCAGCACUCCCAGCACACAGCCAGGCACUGGGAUGAAGGAUUCUCACUGCCAAUCCAUGCUGUUGACAGCGGGGUCACACCAAAUUCCUCCCCCAGUCCGACAAGGAGGUUUGCAAGCAGGGGGAGUGUGAGCCCCAGUGUGCGCUCCCCACCCCUGGGGUCCCUCAAGAGGAAAGGUGGCGUGGAUCUCGAUGCCCCGCCUAAGAAGCUGUUUGUGGCGGGGGUGCCGGGACGGGGGCGCCAGGACUCUGCUCUCCUCACUGCGGGCUGCUCUCUCAGUGUGUUCCCUGCUGGGUGUGUCGGAGCUGGGGUCCCAGUCUGCACCCCCCCCCAGGACCCCCCUCCUCUGUCCCUCGCGGUCUCCCUGCCGGCCCCCCGCUCGCCACUCUGCUUCCCUCAAGCCUUCACCACACAGCCCCCCGGCAUCUAACCAGUCACAGGGCUGGAGAGGAUGGGGCACUGGGGGCUGGGCCAAUCAGAGGACAAGAGACCAGGAGCUGGGCCAAUCAGAGACCGGAGACCAGGAGCGGGGCCAAUCAGAAACCUGGGAACUGAGACAAUCGGAGGAGAGAAAAGGAGAGGACAACAUGCUGGACCAAUCAGAGAAAAGGAGACCAGUGGGUCGGGCCAAUCAGAAAGGAGUGUUUUGUGUUUCCUGUCAUCAGUUUUUCCUUCCUGGUGACCCAGUUGAAGUAAGGAAAUGAAGGAGCAGGCGGCUGGCAGGAGUGCUUUGUGUUCUCUCAGAGCGGAGCGCUUCACAGAGGGGGGUCUGGAGCAUCUUUUUAAAAUGUGCUUUUAUUUUUGUUAUAAAAAUAUUUUGAGUAAAUCACACCCUGUGUAUCUUCAGCCUACAGAAUCAUCCAACCCAAACACACACACCGACACGCUCGCUCGAGCCCUGGGGUUCAGAGCUCCCCUCAAUGAAGUCUGUUACUAUUAUUAAUAUUGAAAUGAUCAGGAGCCAGGAGAUCGAGCAGGGUUACAAACUCACACUAGCCCUGCUGCUGCUGCUGCUGCUGCACCCAGUCCUGGGGUUCAGAGCUCCCCUCAAUGAAGUCUGUUACUAUUAUUAUUAUUGAAAUGAUCAGGAGCCAGGAGUUUGAGCAGGGUUACAAACUCACACUAGCCCUGCUGCUGCUGCUGCUGCUGCUGCACCCAGUCCUGGGGUUCAGAGCUCCCCUCAAUGAAGUCUAGUAUUAUUAUUAUUAUUAUUAUUAUUAUUAUUAUUAUUAUUAUUAUUAUUGCAAUGAUCAGGAGCCAGGAGUUUGAGCAGGGUUAGAUACACACACCCUGCUGCAAAACUACAAAGUGACACGCACACACACGCACGCGCACACACACACACACGCACACACACACGCACACGCACACACAGGAGGAUGAAGGGUUGGAGGAGUAUUUGAAACUUUGUAAAUAGAAAAAUAAUAAAUAAAUAAAUAAAGAAAGUAUUUUUUAUGAACUUGUAAAAGGCACACGCUGUGUAUUUCUGAAUCCUGCCAUCUUUCACUGAUCCCCCAGUCAUUCCGAGCGCGUCCUGUUUGUCAAACUAAAGCUCUGUCACGCAUUCUAAUGAAAAACAAAAUGUGCAACGACCUCUGAAGGUCACAUACAUAUAGAAAGAAAUACAUCUAUAGGAAUAAAAUGUGAGUACUGAACACCCUGUCCCUGACU